UUAAAAACCUACUUUUCCUAAUAACCUACUUUCUUCUUCUUCGACCUUACUGGGAAACUCGACUGUAUGGAAAGCUCUCUUCAGCGACCAACUUUCAUACUGUCAUAGACAAAGAAUUACACAAAAUUAGCUUCAUAAGUUGAAGCUCGAAGUCAUGGCGGGUGGUAACCCUAAAAGGCACCCUUCUUCAUCCUCUGCAACUUCACGCCGCAGAUUCCCCCGGAAUGCCGUAAAGAAUCACCGAUCAUCCAAUUCUAAACCCUCUGCGUUCGGGUCUCGUUCUGGGGAAACUGAAUCCAACCUCUCUCCGGAGCCUGGUAUACCCAGUUCCCAAACCACCCCUCAUACCCCUAAGCUUAGACCCGUUAACUCCCCGAGACCCGACGAAGGCAUGCAAUCUGCUCUACCUUCGCUCCGUUUCCUUGACCCGCGUCAAACGCCUCCUGCUCCUGCCCCCGGGUAUGGGAUUCAGAUGCUCGAACGCAGAACACUCGUCCUUGCGGAUGGUUCAGUGAGGACUUACUUCGCCCUACCCCAAAAUUAUCGCGACUUUUCACCGUUACCACGGACGGAAAUUCAUCGUCCGCAACCAGGGUUUGAUAGGCAGUUCCAAUCGAGUCCAGAUUUACACCCCGAGUACUGCGGUGAUCCGCCUUUACAUAGCAGGAAUCAAAAUUUUAGGGAUUCGCCUCUCUUAGAUUGGCAUGAUGGUGGGCAAGUUCUGAUGCCAGGGAAUGACAAUUCAAUAAAAAGGAAGUAUUUGGAUGAAAAAAGAGAAGACAAUGAUAGUUUGUCUAGGAGAAGGCAGAAGCUUUUGCAGCUCGCAAAUGGAGAUAAUGGUUCACCUGGAAUUAGUGGGUCGCAUAUAGGUAGAGGUCCAGAGGAAUUUAUAACUGCCGAGCAGAGUGCCCAGCCUCUUAAACACCACGAGGUUGAUCAAAAAGCCUUAAAGAAAGCAUUUUUGCAUUUUGCAAAGGCAGUAUAUGAAGGUGCAAAGCUGAAAAAUCGUUACCUGGCCAAUGGAAAGCAAGGGUAUCUUCAAUGUACUGUUUGUGACAGGGAUUCAAAACAUUAUUCAGAUAUGCACAGCCUUAUUAUGCACACAUAUCAUUCUGACAACGCUGACUCUACAGUUGAUCAUUUGGGAUAUCACAAAGCUUUGUGUGUUCUGAUGGGCUGGAACUAUUUGACUCCUCCUGAUAGCUCAAAGUCAUACCAUUUGUUAUCGGCUGAAGAAGCAGCCGCAAACCUAGAUGACCUGAUUGUAUGGCCACCAAUGGUGUUCAUCCAUAAUACAGUAACAGGAAAACGUGCAGACGGCAGUGUUGAGGGUUUGGGGAACAGGGUUAUGAGCGAGUACCUUACAGAAAUUGGGUGCAAAGGUGGUAAACCAAAAGCAGCAUUCAACAAAGGCGGUCAUCGUGGCAUGACCAUCGUGAAGUUUUCUCCUGAUCGAACUGGAUUGAAGGAGGCUAUGAAAUUGGCAGAUUAUUUCCAAAGAAGCAACCACGGGCGAAGCAAAUGGGCCCUUGUGCAAUCCUCAACUUUAAGCCAGGAUGAAGACAACAAUCCAGACCUGGUGAAGGUCGACCCCAUUACACAGGAGAAAAAGAGGGUCUUCUAUGGGUAUCUGGCUAACGUUUCUGAUAUAGAUAAGAUUGAAUUUGACUUGAGGAGAAAGGUAUCUAUUGAGAGCAAAAUUGAGUUGUUGCUGGCACAGUAAAACAGGCAUUCUUACUAGCUUGUAAUAGGGGGGCAGAUGAAGAUGGCUGUCCCAAUUCCUCCAUCUUCUUGUGGUGUAAAAUUAUAAUUUAACUAUUUUGAAAAUGAAGUUCAUGCAUAAUUGAUAAUUAUAGAGAAAAAAUGAUGAAAGAAGCAGGUGCAUGCCUUGGGUAGAAGUUGUUGGUAUUGCUUUGACUGUUACUCUUUGGUCAUCCAAUCCGUACAUGCAACUAUUAAUUGGAUUCAAUCCCAAAAAGACAUGCAAUGGAUUGGAUUCAGUCUAUCUAUUUGAAAUUUGAGGAUGGAUAUUUGUCCAUCUACUAUGCUCUAAAA